UCCAGGGCAGUUGGUCUUGGGGCUGAGUACCGGUGUCUGCGUGUCCUUUCCUGGGGUUAGCGGUAGGAGCCCGGGGCUGAGGACACCGGCGCACAGGCCAUGGCCUCCGCCGGGCUGCCCCAGGCCCCCGUCGAGGACUCCCCUUGGCCUCUGCGCCUCCUGCACGCGCCGCCGGGGCUGCUGCGGCUGGACCCCACGGGCGGCGCGCUGCUGCUGCUCGUUCUCGCCGCGCUGCUGGGCUGGAGCUGGCUGUGGCGGCUCCCGAAGCGGGGCAUCCCCCCCGGGCCCACGCCCUGGCCCGUGGUGGGCAACUUCGGCUUCGUGCUGCUGCCGCCUUUCCUCCGACGGAAGAGCUGGCCGUACCGGCGGGCAAGGACCGGAGAAUUGAAUACCUCGGGCCUGGGCGUGCAGUUGCUCCUGGCAGACCUGGCCCGUGUGUACGGCAACAUCUACAGCUUCUUCAUCGGCCACUACCUGGUGGUGGUCCUCAACGACUUCCACAGCGUGCGCGAGGCGCUGGUGCAGCAGGCCGAGGUCUUCAGCGACCGCCCGCGGAUGCCGCUCAACUACAUCCUGACCAAGGGGAAGGGGAUUGUAUUCGCACAUUAUGGUCCAGUCUGGAGACAACAGAGGAAGUUCUCUCAUUCAACUCUUCGUCAUUUUGGCUUGGGAAAGCUUAGCUUGGAGCCCAAGAUUAUUGAGGAGUUCAAAUACGUGAAAGAGGAAAUGCAGAAGAAUGGAGAAGUCCUCUUCAAUCCUUUCCCCAUUGUCAACAACGCUGUCUCUAACAUAAUUUGCUCUUUGUGCUUUGGCCAGCGCUUUGAUUACACCAAUAGUGAGUUUAAGAAAAUGCUUAAUUUUAUGUCACGAGCGUUAGAAAUCUGUCUGAACACCCAGCUCCUCUUGGUCAACAUAUGCUCCUGGCUUUAUUACCUUCCCUUUGGACCAUUUAAGGAAUUAAGACAGAUUGAAAAGGAUUUAACUAUUUUCCUUAAAAAAAUCAUCAAAGACCAUCGAGAGUCUCUGGAUGUAGAGAACCCUCAGGACUUCAUAGACAUGUAUCUUCUCCAUGUGGAGGAGGAGAGGAAAAAUAAUAGCAAUAGUAGUUUUGAUGAAGAUUACUUAUUUUAUAUCAUUGGCGAUCUCUUCAUUGCUGGCACUGAUACCACAACUAACUCUUUGCUUUGGUGCCUCCUGUAUAUGUCACUGAACCCCGACAUACAAGAAAAGGUUCAUGAAGAAAUUGAAAGGGUCAUUGGUGGUGACCGUGCCCCUUCCCUCACUGACAAGGCCCGGAUGCCCUACACAGAAGCCACCAUCAUGGAGGUUCAGAGGCUGAGCGUGGUGGUGCCACUCUCCAUCCCUCACAUGACCUCAGAGAAAACAGUGCUCCAAGGGUAUACCAUUCCUAAAGGCACGAUAAUAUUACCCAACUUGUGGUCAAUACACAGAGACCCAGCCAUUUGGGAGAAACCAAAUGAUUUCUACCCUAAUCGAUUUCUGGAUGAUCAAGGACAACUUAUUAAAAAGGAAACAUUUAUUCCUUUUGGGAUAGGGAAGCGGGUAUGUAUGGGAGAGCAGCUGGCAAAGAUGGAAUUAUUCCUGAUGUUCGUGAGCCUAAUGCAGAGUUUCACAUUUGCUUUGCCUAAGGACUCGAAGCCGAUCCUGACUGGGAAAUACGGUCUAACUUUAGCCCCACAUCCGUUUAAUAUAAUCAUUUCAAAGAGAUAAAGAACACCUCCAUGAAGAGAUGGUGCAGAGAAUGUAAAUACAUGUCCUUCUAAACAGAUUCUUCCUUCUGUAAUUGACAGCGGAUCCAGCAACUCUGCAGGUCUAGGUUAGGCUUGGAUUAGAGAGAGAUUGGAAAGAGGAUAGAGCACGUGGGACCUUUCAUCUUGGAGGGUUCCUCAGAAGGAAACUUCAGCCAUUUUAGUAAUGCACGUGACUUGGGGGAUGGCGACGAAAGUACUGGAUUCGGAAGCAGGGGAUACGGAUUUUAUUCUCAGCAGCCUCCACCAAUGAGCAUUUCUUCUCAUCCCUCAGUGCCUCAGUCAUUCCACGUGGAAAAUGACGGUAACAAAAUUUGACUUCUCUCUCUAUCUUGGCAUGAAUGAUGGUCAAAUGCUCCAUCUUUUCUGACAUCACCAAAGCACUGUUAAGCUCUGGAGAACAAAUUCAGGAGGAGAAGGAAGACCUACCUGUUUAAGACCCAUGACAACAUGAAAGUGGUGUUCAGACUUGAAUACUUCAUCAGAGAAGGACGUGGGUUUAGGGGACAAUGAAUUAGAGCUUUUCUUCUUAUUAUUAUGUUUUUACUUAAUUUCUUUUUGGCUGCGUUGCGUCUUCGUCGCUGCGUGGGCUUUCUCUAGUCGCGGUGAG